UAUUUUCAUUGACAGUUCUGAGUUCACACAUUGAUCUUAUUAUUGCUAUAAAUGCGUUUUAAAUAUUAAUUUUAAAGUCUAUUCGAACUACUUUAUAUUGGGCGACCCUCUAUUUCAGAAUAAUAGAAAUUUGUUCUUAUCCUGUUCAAAUAUUCCCGCUGAAUUUGUCGUAUUAUGUUUUCGAACUGUGGCAUUAUGGGAUUAUUACGGCUAAAACUGACUGAACUGAACUGAGCGCCAGCGCCAUCUUGUGAAGAGGCGUCUGCUGUACACCGAGUCGUAUAUUUUAAUUUCUAUUGUGCGGGUACACGGGUGUUAUUGUGUGUUUUCGAUGGAGCUAGAAUUAAGUUUGCCUUAUUUGUGUUUUCAUGUAUCGUGGUGCAAAACUUGUCGUUUUCAAUACUAAAGUAAAAAGUGGCUAACAAGGGAUCGCCUCCCUCGAAACCUGGCCGAUUGUACUCGAUUUAAUCUUGUUACUUUACACGUGAACGUAGAAAUGAUUGGCUUCUUAAAUUGAAUUUGUGUAAAAGGAUUUCGUGAGGUGACGCUAAAGGGCUUCCAGUAUAAAAGUGUUAUACCGCAGAAAAGUACUUCAGUCGGGUAAGGUUCGAGCAGACAGACUAUUGCGUCGUCUGUACCCACCACACCCAAGUGGCAGUGGACAGUGUAGUAGUGAUCCCUUCCACGGGAAUCAAAAGUGUGAGUGCGUGUGCAUGUGUAUGAGUGUUUAUCGUGUGAAAAACCUCGUUUAUUUUAUGUUCAUUCCUUCGUGGGAGUGAGCGGUGUUUAAUAAAAGGGUCGAUCAACGAGGCCAAAACGGCAGGCAAUAUAGGAAUAUUAAGAUAAUAUUGGGUGAGCAACCCUCCGGAGUAGCCUAGGCCAAAACAUGGCGUGUUGCCUGUCAGAAGAAGCGAAGGAGCAGAAAAGAAUAAAUCAAGAAAUAGAACGGCAACUUCGGAGGGAUAAACGAGAUGCAAGGAGGGAGCUCAAAUUAUUAUUAUUGGGCACUGGAGAAUCUGGAAAAUCAACAUUCAUCAAACAGAUGCGAAUUAUCCACGGGUCAGGUUACUCAGAUGAAGACAAACGAGGCUUCAUAAAACUUGUCUACCAGAACAUCUUCAUGGCCAUGCAGAGUAUGAUACGGGCGAUGGACCUCCUCAAGAUUCAAUACGCCGACUCAUCCAAUAUUGAAAAGGCGGAAUUGAUCCGAAGUGUAGACUUUGAAACAGUCACAACGUUUGAAAGUCCGUACGUUGAAGCGAUCAAGGAACUAUGGGCGGACACAGGAAUACAGGAAUGCUACGACCGCCGAAGGGAAUACCAGCUCACAGACUCUGCUAAGUAUUACCUGAUGGAAAUUGACAGAGUAGCCGCGCCAAACUACCUGCCAACGGAACAGGACAUUCUUCGGGUUCGAGUGCCGACCACGGGAAUCAUAGAGUAUCCAUUUGACUUGGAGGAAAUCAGAUUUAGCUACUUAGACGACAUAGCAAGAGUAGAGGUUCCUGACUAUCUUCCAACAGAACAAGACAUUCUGAGAGCUCGAGCGCCAACCACUGGCAUCAUCGAGUACCCCUUUGACUUGGACUCAAUCAUCUUUAGGAUGGUAGACGUGGGAGGACAGAGGUCUGAAAGAAGAAAAUGGAUCCACUGCUUUGAAAACGUCACAUCCAUUAUUUUCCUAGUGGCUCUUAGCGAAUACGACCAAAUUCUUUUUGAAUCUGAAAAUGAGAACCGAAUGGAAGAGUCGAAAGCCUUAUUCAAGACAAUUAUCACUUAUCCGUGGUUCCAGCACUCCUCUGUAAUUCUGUUCCUCAACAAGAAAGAUCUAUUAGAGGAGAAAAUCAUGUACUCCCAUCUUGUUGACUACUUCCCCGAAUAUGACGGACCCCAAAGAGAUGCCAUUGCAGCCAGGGAGUUCAUCCUACGGAUGUUCGUAGAUUUGAACCCUGACAGCGAGAAGAUCAUUUACUCUCAUUUCACAUGUGCUACAGAUACUGAGAACAUCCGCUUCGUGUUUGCUGCAGUCAAGGACACCAUUCUCCAGUCAAACUUGAAGGAGUACAACCUGGUGUAGUCUGUGGAAAUCAUCGUUACCAUGGCGGCGUACACUAGCGAAACCGGCUCGUUGGUUCUCAUAACCGGUUCCAAGAAACAGUAAACUUGAUAUCUGCCUAUUGUGAAACCGGUUUGUCGUGUACGAUAAACCAGUUUCCUCGGCUUUAACAAUCGGUUUGCUGGCAAACUUAUAUCCGGGUUUCGAUUCCGGUUAUCCGUUCUCAUAGGCCUGCUUUGAUCGUCAUCUUCUGUUCGUUCGUUUCGUCUUCUUUUCUCACAGUCCCGAUCGAUUAAGUUGUGUGUCCGGAAACCGAGCAGAACGGUUUCGCGUGGAAUAAUUUUUCUGUGAUAAUAAAGUAAUCGUGUUUACCUACCCGAAGGAGGCCUGUUAGGACCGUUCCGAGACCAGUUUCAGGCGAACGGUCGGACUCACCCGCCUUAUGGCGACGAAACAAGUGUUUUUUGUUUUUUUUUUAACUUGUCAACCUCUUGAAACAUAUUAUGUUAUCUGUAUAAAGAAGACUUCUGAAUGUCGUUGUUCACAGCUAUAUGUAUGUGUCCGGUGUGAUGUGGACGCUUGAGGUGGAUCCAAUAAGGUUAACGAAGGUCGGGUCCCCCGUCUGGACACAAGCUUUUUUUCUUGUAAAUUGUUGUACGUAUGUAUGUGAAACGGCUUGUCUUUGACAUUUAGGUAAUUUGUAAAUCAACUUCUUGUCAACAAAAAUAUAUACCAAUUUUUCUGAAA